UCUAGAAUGGAGUCACACAAAUGUAGACGAUGUGGGAUUAACAAUAUAGGCUUCUUGGACCCUAGCACCGUACAUGAGAACACAGUCAAUUUACCAAGUACCGUUGACUACUUGUACAAAGCUUUCCUCUCCAUGCAGGAUAAAAGAUCCAUACUUCUUUCAUACAAUUGCUUUUAUCAUCAUGUCCUACUCGAUAUCAACCUUAACAAUAGUCGAAUCGAGGUUUAUGACUCACGAAAGAGGCCAUUAUCACUAAUCCAGCCCGUCAUUGAUGUCGUCAACAAGGCCUUCGCUAAGUACCGUAAGAAAAGCAAAAUCCAUAGACCUUUUUGGGGAGACUUCACUGUAGAAGAGGCUAAAUACAUCCUCAAGCAGCCUCCGGGCAACGAUCACUGUGGGUUCUAUGUAAUGCAUUACAUGCACUGCUACACCGGCGAUUGCAGAAGCGCCGAAAUGAACACUGAGUUGGAUUCACGUGAAUUGCUCAUGGGCGAGCUAGUAGCACUUCAAGAAGAACUAGCUGGAUGGCUUGUGGACUACGUGGUGAAGCCAGGAUCUGAGUACAGCAUAAUCUAGGUGUAAUGUCUAGAUCGUAUCGUUCUUGUCAAGCAUUGUAAUAUAUUUGGUGUAUGGACUAGAUGUUCUUAAACUUGAUGCGUGGACUCUAUAUUUUUUAUUAUGAUGUUUGAACUCUCUCAUUUGAUUUCAAUGUAUAAUAUCUUAUGGUUCAAUUCUGCUGUAA